AUGAACCGCGUUGCUUUUUUUGCUCUGCACAAUCUCGUGCAUGUUGCCUUUUAUAUUCUACCGGCGACUAUCUUCAAUGUCUUCUUUCGUUGGCCCAUCAGUGCACUCGAGUGGAUAAUUGGUGAGAAGGAAAUGACACUCGCGCCACGCAAAGAGCGGCGCAUUGUAAUUAUUAAGAAUUGCAAAAUACCAGCCGCGUCUGAUUUCUUUGGACUGCCAUCAUGUUUGUACUAUGAGGAGCCAAUGUAUAUGGGAUGGGUGCAGACAAUAUUGGCCUCCCCACGUCCAUGGUUAAAUGUUCCCUACAUACGUGAGACACUACCAGCAGCGGAUGGCAAAUGUCUACUGCAGAUGGAUUGUUUAUCCCCCACAAAUGGGAAGGAUGCGAUUGGAAAGGCGCUUGUGUUAAUUCUUCCAGGGGUUAAUUCCUCAUCUCAGGCUGUACAUGUUCAACGAUUGGCGAUGCAGUUGAGUCAGAGUGGACAUUAUGUGGUUGUGUUAAACGCACGUGAUAACAAAGAAGAUAUACCGCUGUAUACACAAUUACUCAGUGAUGUGCAAACCGAAGAUCUGCGAUAUGUUCUCAAGACUGUGUUAACACCAACACAACUGCAACAGCGAAUGAAGACGACACAUGUACGGCCUCUCAUCGCUGUUGGAUUCGCACUGGGUGGAGUUACUCUCUGCAAGUACAUUGGAGAACAGGGAAAACGCAAUGAAGGGACUUAUUUAACUGCAGCCAUCGCCAUGUUGGUGCCGUUUGAUAGUAACGCCGUGCAUAGAUAUCUCCACCGCAUACGCAAGCACCAGAACAGUGCCUGUGGAGAUGAGCAAACACUAACCUAUAAACAGAAACAAGUUGAGAUUAUGCCACAGGAUGAUAAUAAUAAUAAUAACAAGAGGAGAAGGUCUCACAAUAAUGACGAUAAUGAUGAACACGCAAAUGCGAGGUCCGCAAAAUUGCCGGAGAAAUUCCAUCGUGCCGCAGACGUUUAUAGUGCAUUACAUGCCGCUACUAUUCCGGUGAUGUGCGUCGCCACAUCUAAUGACCCGCUCUGCGGUGGACCACUACACACACGACGCUGGGAGGCUGUGGUGGAUUCCAAUGCGAAUGUCGUGUAUGUGGAAAUGCCCACUGGUGGUCAUCUUGCAUUUAUGGAAAACCCCAUCGAAGAACUGCAGCAAAAGCCAAAUGCGGGUGAACAACUUAUUAUGCGAAGUCUACAAGCGAUUUGCUUAAAGAACCGACCUUAA